AUGAUUCUGUCUCUCCAGUAAUAGUGCUUGCAAAAAAAGGAGUUUUAAAGCUUUUGCUUUUUUGGAUUGUGUGAAUGCUUCAUUCGCCUCACAAACAACCACAGAACCACAAGUGCGGUGCAAACUUUCUCCAGGAGGACAGCAAGUCGUCUCUGGUGUUUAAAUGGUUAAUCUCCGCAGGUCACUACCAGCCACGGAGACCAACAGAGUCAGUGAGUGCUCUAACCACAGUCUAUGCAGUAAUAUCUAAGGCUGCAAGCAGUAUUUACAACAGAGGGUACAAGUUCUAUCUGGAAAAAAAAAGAGGGACUAUGGCAUCAAACAGCCUCUUCAGCACAGUGACACCAUGUCAGCAAAACUUCUUUUGGGGUGAGGAAACUGCAGUCCAGAGGGGUUUCUUGAACUGCCCAAGGACACACCAUAUUUAGUGAUACAAGCUGGGACCAAAACUGAGGUCCCCCUGACUCCUGGUCCAGAGUUCCUUCUACUGUACAUGAGGAACAUACAAAUAAAAGGUUACCACAGUUAACUCACAAGAC